UGCCUUCCAAAUACAAGCGCUACCUCGAAGAAGAUGUGCCGCUACCACCGAGAACGGCCAGAAGGAGAAGAUCUGAAGCUUCUCGCACAAGAAAUAACCACCCCAACUGCGCUGCUCAGCAGCCAAGCACACUGCAUGUGCCACCGAGCGACGGCGGCACCUCCAGCGGAGACGCACAGGACUUGCAGCAGCCAAGUGCACUGCAUGUGUCACCAAGCGAUGGCGGCACCUCCAGCGGAGAUGCACAGGGCUUGCAGCAGCCAAGUGCACUGCGUGUGUCACCAAGCGACGGCGGCACCUCCAGCGGAGACGCACAGGGCUUGCAGCAGCCAAGCACACUGCAUGUGCAACCGAGCGACGGCGGCACCUCCAGCAGAGACGCACAGGGCUUGCAGCAGCCAAGUGCACUGCGUGUGUCACCAAGCGACGGCGGCACCUCCAGCGGAGAUGCACAGGGCUUGCAGCAGCCAAGUGCACUGCGUGUGUCACCAAGCGACGGCGGCACCUCCAGCGGAGACGCACAGGGCUUGCAGCAGCCAAGCACACUGCAUGUGCCACCGAGCGACGGCGGCACCUCCAGCAGAGACGCACAGGGCUUGCAGCAGCCAAGUGCACUGCGUGUGUCACCAAGCGACGGCGGCACCUCCAGCGGAGAUGCACAGGGCUUGCAGCAGCCAAGUGCACAGCGUGUGUCACCAAGCGACGGCGGCACCUCCAGCGGAGACGCACAGCCUUGUCACUCUUGUAUUGUUUGGUUAUUCUACAAAACCUCCGAAUUCCUUGCAGGGCUUGCAGCAGCCAAGUGCACUGUGUGUGUCACCCAGCGACGGCGGCACCUCCUGUGGAGACGCACAGGGCUUGCAGCAGCCAAGCGCACUGCGCGUGUCACCCAGCGACGGUGGCACCUCCAGCGGGGACGCACAGGGCUUGCAGCAGCCAAGCGCACUGCGCGUGUCACCGAGCGACGGCGGCACCUCCAGCGGAGACGCACAGGGCUUGCAGCAGCCAAGCGCACUGCGUGUGUCACCCAGCGACGGCGGCACCUCCUGUGGAGACGCACAGGGCUUGCAGCAGCCAAGCGCACUGCGCGUGUCACCCAGCGACGGCGGCACCUCCAGCGGGGACGCACAGGGCUUGCAGCAGCCAAGCGCACUGCGCGUGUCACCGAGCGACGGCGGCACCUCCAGCGGGGACGCACAGGGCUUGCAGCAGCCAAGCGCACUGCGCGUGUCACCGAGCGACGGCGGCACCUCCAGCGGAGACGCACAGGGAUCUGCAGCUAGCCAAGACGAGUCUGAUGACACAUCUGAAUUAGCUGCCCUUGUGAUGUCAUAUACUCUACGUCACAAAGAUGGCGAUAAAUCAACAGCGGACCUUCUGAGGAUGUUGAACAUCAUUGCGCCUGGAAGGGUACCACAAUCAAAGUACCUCUUGAUGAAGGCUUUGGGUGCCCAUACAGCUGAAGCGGACAAACAUUAUUACUGUUUAGUCUGUAAAGAUUAUUUAGGAGCUUCACUUGAUAUCUCCCACUGUGAGAAUUGUGGGGCAGAAAUUGAUGUAGAUUCUUGUCCGUUCUUUUUGGUAAUACCACUGAAAGAACAGCUCCAGCGAAUUCUCAGUCAGCCAAAUCUCAAGUGGGUCCCAGCAACAAGCGUUGGGCCUUUGCUGUCAGACAUAGCUCAUGGUCUAGAGCAUGUGAGGCUGUGUGAGGACUUCUCAGAGAACGACUUAUCGCUUCUCUGGAACACAGACGGCAUAAGGGUGUUCGAGAAGUCCACAUAUGACAUCUGGCCGAUACAAUGCCAAAUUAUCCAACUUGAUCCAAGCAUGCGGAAAGCAAACAUGCUGAUGCCAGCCAUUUGGUUUGGACACACCAAACCAAAUAUGAGUGCUCUGCUAGAGCCAUUUACAAGAGAGCUUCAGGAGCUAGCAUUAGGGUUUCCCUGCAUUAGAGACGGAAAAACAGUCAACACACGUGUAUUCGCUGUCGUCUGCUCUGUAGACGCCGUUGCAAGAUCGGCAGUGAAGAACUGCAAGCAGUUCAAUGGGUACUUCGGAUGUGGGUGGUGCUACCACCCAGGAGGCUCUCAUUAUCCGUACCUGGACCCUGCACCUGAGCAGCGUUCGGAAGAAGCCCACACACUUGAGGCAGAGGAGGGAACUCCUGGAGCACCAGUCAACGGUGUCAAGGGUCCCUCACUAAUCAUGAAACUUCCUCGGUUCAACCCUAUUGAUGGGUUCAUCCCUGACUAUCAGCACUGUGUUUGUCUGGGUGUGAUGCGGCAGCUCCUAAAGCUGUGGCUGGACACAGAGAAUCACGACCAGCCUUGGUAUGUAGGGACCAAGCUAGGGGUCAUGAACGGUAUUCUCCUGGGCAUCCUACCACCCACAGAAAUCACGCGCACACCCAGGAGGUUUGAGGAACGUGCCUUCUGGAAGGCUUCAGAAUUUAGGGCACUCCUUUUGUUUUAUGGUUAUGUGGUUCUGAAGCCGGUGCUGCCGCCGCAGUACUUCCAGCACUUCGCACUGUUGGCCUAUGGCACAUACUUGCUGCUAAAACAGCAAGUGUCAUUCACGGACAUCUGUGAAGCUCGAGCACUGCUUUCAAAGUUUGUGCUGCAGAUGGAGAGAUUGUACGGCAUUCAGCAUAUGUCGUACAAUGUGCAUCAACUUCUCCAUCUGUCAGAUGCUGUGAUAGCAUGGGGACCCCUGUGGGCUACUUCUUGCUUUCCAUUUGAAGGAAGGAAUGCAGUGCUUUUGAGCUACUUUGCAGGCACACAGUGCGUGGGCCAGCAAAUCGCAAGGACGUUCAUCCGAUGGCAGGAGCUGGCCCCGUGGGUAAGCAGCAUGAACCUCCCGCAGGCAGCAGAGUUUUUUGAAGAAAUGAUGGGACGGAAGACCAUCGGGCGCACAGGCACCCAGAUUCAGGGCGAUGUAGUUGUUUACACUAGGCAGAGCUCAGGUGCUCAAGACAUCCGGUUCGAGGUGGCACUCGAGAGGGCCCUGAAUGCGCUACCAUUAAGCAUUGUCUAUUAUCACAGGUUUCAGUGCAAUGGCAUCCUGUGGCACUCCGAGACCUACCCAAUGCCAAAAAGAGCCAACUGCGUUGCUCAACUGAGUGAUGGUUCAUUUGGCAUUGUACAGGCACUCGCUGUAUUUAAGCCAUCAAGCACUAGGUCUCAUGUUGAACACCUUGUUCUCAUGGAGAAAAUGAAACUGACACCAGUAGUUGGUUUCAAGGACGGACAGCUGGGGGUACAGUUUCUGUCUGUACGAGAAGGCAUGCGAUCGGGCGCCCUAAUUGCUUGCAGCUCGAAGCAGCUCGCUGCUAAAUGCGUAAUUACGGAACGUACCGAGAACACGUUCCUUGUUAUACCACUUCCGAACAAGGUUGAACGUGAUUAAGCCCAGGCUUAACAUGCAUGGGAAGUGUUGCUCUAACUCACAUGCUAGAGCUGCUGGCCAGUUUAUCUUCUUGACCAGACCCAGCUGUAUUGGCAACUCCAGCGAAAUCGACGCCACAUAGCGGCAACGCCGAGAAGCUCAAUGCCGUAUUGUAGAGAAAACAGACAGGCAUGUACUGUAGCUAGUCACUGUGCGUGACGCCCAUCUUUAUUCUAUUCUCUUCUUCCUUUUCCUUUCCCCGUCAGCUCCCGUUCCCACUUCUUCGGCCAACAUGACAUAC